AUCCUACGCAGAUCUUGCGAAUGUUUACAUCAGCCAUCGCAAAGUGAUGCGCUGAUUUCGUGUGCACUCGCGUUUUAUAUAGCUAUUUGUUGCACCGAAUUGUAUACAAUACGGAUACGUCGCGAAAACGGCUCGUACGACUCGGCCGACUGAAGUGCGUCGCAAUCGCGGCUACGUCACUUCUCGUCCCGAGCCAAUCAGCGCCGAGAUCUAACCUCCCACCACCUCGUUGCGCAAUUCGAUAUCUGCUAGCGGACGGAAACGCGAGCCUUGAACGCGACGAGCCCGAAAUCAGUCGCAAGUUGAAACUCAGUGAGUUGACAACGUGUUUAAUAAAGAGAAUCGGCGUCUUUAAGUCGCUAUUUGAGAAAGUUCAGUGUCGUUUUUGAAAACUACUCGAACAAAAUGCCACGACGUGGACGAGCAUCCGGACCUCCGCCAAGGACCGUCAGGCCAGCAGCAGCUCCAGCACGUGCUGCUCCUCCUCCAGCUGCCCACCCACCAGCACCAGCUCCAGCUGCAACCCCCAUGAUGGCCCAACCCGCAUCCCAGGGACCUUCCCUCAUGGGACAAAUGGCUGCUACUGCUGGUGGUGUUGCCAUUGGAUCGGCAGUAGGUCACACCCUUGGCCAUGCCAUGACUGGAAUGUUUGGCGGUGGUUCCAGCGAGGCUGCUGCAGCCCCAGCUGCAGCUGCACCAGCAGCUGCCCCAGCACAGGCCCAGCCAACUGGAGCUUGCGCUUGGGAGGUUAAGCAAUUCUUGGAGUGUGCUCAAAACCAGUCUGACCUUUCCUUGUGCGAGGGCUUCAACGAAGCUCUGCGUCAAUGCAAAUCUGCUAACCAUUUAGCAUUGUAAUAGAAAAAUAAUCUAGUUAAUUAUUUCAAUUAUCAAUUGGAAAACUCUUUUAAAGUGCAAAAGAACGUAAAAUUGUUCAGUUUAUAAUUUUGUAUAAAUAGUACUUUAUUUUUAUUUAUAUUUGAACUUGUUUUCAAAUAUAUUCAAGUAAUACUACACAUUACUCUUGGAAAGUGAAAUAAAAUUAGCUGUUAAUUAUACGCCAGAAAAUGUGUUUUAUUUAUACAUAAUCCUUAACAUUAUAAUUAAUAUUAACAAAUUUGCCAUGUGAAUUUCCAUCUGGAGUAAAUGUAAAUUGUCAGGGGAUGAUUUACUUAUUUAAUGUAAAUGUAUUGUGUUUGACUUACUUGUUGUUUUGGAAGUACAUUUUCUACCAUUAUUGCAUGUAAAUUAGAUCAAGGCAAUAUUUUAUUGGUAAAAUUGAACAUUUUUGAAGGCAAAAUAAAAUAAAGACUUCAAUUUUCAUUUCUACAGAACGUCAUUUUUUAUUGUCUUCUGAAACUAGUUACUCUAAAGUAUUAACCACAGUAAUUUAAACAUAUUUUAUUAAUAAAACUUAUAAGAAAGUAUAAGCUUUACAAUAAAAAUGAGCAAUGGAAGAAUAGCGGCAAAAUCGUAUUUCUUCAUGCACCUGUGAACAGAAUAGUUUCGGAAAUUCUAUAAAUAUCAAUUUGUAAUAGGUUGUUAUAUAAUGGCGCACUUUUUGCUUCUUCAAAAAGAUGACGUUUCGGAAACAUUAAAGUCUUUAUUCUACUUUGACCUGUCAAUAGAUAUACACACGAUAAUUCAAAGAAUUCAUCAAUCAUAUAUUUUUUGUAUUAAAAAAAAAGCCGCACUUGUCGUUCAUAGAAAACCUUUACUAUUAUCUCAUGUCUCGUUUAUUUAAAAGAUUACGUUGCUGAUAUAGAAAUUGAAACAUUAUAGGGGUGACGUUGUAAUCAUUCAACCCGUACCUCGUCAACCAGGUGUUCUAGGUACAUUUGCAGGGACUGCAGCUGGAGUUGCAGCGGUAAAGCCACUAACAUUAAUCAAUUAAAUUAGCUUUUUGUAAACAUGGACAUAAUAAUCACUAUAAUAGGGAACAGUUAUCGGUGACAAAAUAACAGGAAGGAGUGAGUCUGACUCUUCAUCAUUAGCACCUCCUGCUGGUGUACCCCCAUCAGGACCUUGCCAAUAUGACGAGCUACAGCUUCUGGGCUGUGCUCAGAAUGAAGAAGAUUUGCGCAUUUGCGAAUCUUUUAGACAGGCCUGGCUUGAUUGUAAACGAAAAUACAGUACGUUAUGCUCAUAAUUUAGCUUUUAUCUGCAAAUCAGUAAGGUUAAUAGGAUCAAUAUUAUGACUUGGCAGUAAGAAAACUUGUCUUAGAUAGAUUAUUAUUCUCUUCUAUAUUAAAAUAAAUUGAGGCUAUAAGCAACUUCCAGCUUAAAUGAUGAUUCUCCUCUAUGAAUUUUAUUAUGGUCGCAAUUUGAUGUUAUGAACGUAUAAAAUAUAGAGAAUCGUUAUUAAUAUCCAAAAAAAUAGAUCUAGGAUUCAUCAGUGUUCUACUUAUUGACAGCCAUACAUCACUUUGCGCAAAAUCGGGCAAAACGAUAAACAAUAUUUUGUGUUCAUAAUCGACUUUUAAUAUACUUCUCUAGUAAUACAGUGCCGUUUAUUUGCUACAAAUCGACCGUAUUCUCUGUUAUUAUAAAUUAAUACACUUUGGAAAUGAAAAAAUUACAAUAAAAAAAUUGAUUCGUGUAGUAUGUUUAUAACGAUUUUUUAAACUAAAUAAGAAUAUAUAUUCAACAAAAAUCAUAGUAUAAAAAAAAUUAACAAAACACAUUUCCAUAUGCAGUCAUGUAUUUUAAUAAAUAAGACAUCUGAAUAACCUUUAAGAAUUCCUACAGCCUUCUUGAUUUGAGAUAAAAGUGACUAUACAGUAAUAUAGAUUACAUUUUAAAAAAUAUCGAAUAUUUGCAAUUUAUAAUUUGACU